AGCUAACACUGAAUCCUCCGGAAGGGAUUGUGGCAGGUCCCAUGAAUGAGGAGAAUUUUUUUGAGUGGGAAGCGCUGAUCAUGGGCCCAGAAGACACCUGUUUUGAGUUUGGCGUAUUUCCUGCCAUCCUGAGUUUCCCACUGGAUUACCCGCUGAGUCCCCCAAAGAUGAGAUUUACCUGCGAGAUGUUUCAUCCCAACAUCUACCCCGACGGCAGAGUGUGCAUCUCCAUCCUGCACGCCCCGGGCGACGACCCGAUGGGCUACGAGAGCAGCGCCGAGCGGUGGAGCCCCGUGCAGAGCGUGGAGAAGAUCCUGCUGUCGGUGGUGAGCAUGCUGGCAGAGCCCAAUGACGAGAGUGGCGCCAACGUGGACGCUUCCAAGAUGUGGCGAGACGACCGGGAGCAGUUCUGCAGGGUCGCCAGGCAGCUGGCGCAGAAGUCCCUGGGGCUGUGAGCCCUGCACGCGCGGACACGCGCGGUGACGGUGACACUCUGUGCUGCUACCAAAAAGCGAGCUAGCAGAGCCGCGGCGUCUGGUCCCCCGCCUUCCCGCUCCACACAGGCUUCUCUCCCGGACUGCUGAUUCGUGUAGGACGGCGACGCUGGGCACACUUGACCGGCCGUCCCCACCGCCCGCUGGGAGUGGCUUCCCUUCCCUCCCUAGGGGGCAGGACCAGCCGCUCCUCCUGAGGCCCUGGGACCUGGGGGCCGAGGGAGGGUGGGUGGGGCAGCUCGGGCCGCGGCCCCUGGGCCCCAGGAGGGGACGGCACUCUGCGUCCGUGCUUCCUAGUGCUUCGAGGCGUCCUUGUCAUCUGGUCACAGCUUUCUGUUGCGCAUUACAAACUAUCACACUUAGAAAUGCUUUCAGGAAAUAAAUACUUCUUAAAAACGUGGACUAAUGGACGGUGGGGCGCGUCCGAGCGGGGCUGCUGCCGGUCGUGAGGGCUGACGGCUUCCUCUGCGUCCUGUUCGCGGGGAUUCUCCUGGUUUACAGCGCCUCGCUCGGGCAGGGCCGCCGGCGGCUUCUGGACGCUCGGGGGUCUGUCUCUUGCACGUAAGCGCGGGGACAUUCAGACCUGCUCUGUGUCGUGGCUGCAGAGGAACGUUAAUUAUUGAGAGAGUUCUUUGAACUUGAGGUUGGAAGGGAACGUGCACCCGUUGUGAUUGCCCAGUGCCAAGGAGCACCUGACCCCGACCUUGACCGGGUACCUCGGGCCCGGGGCGGGGGCGGGCACUUAGGGCGCGGUGCUGACAUCCCAGCUCACGCACCCCUGCUCACACACCCCUGCUCACACACCGGGGCUCGGUGACCCAAAAGAACAGAUCUGUUGCAGAAUCAAAUACUUGGCCUGUCAGGAAGGUUACACCCAGAUAUGAGUUUCUAUUUUUGAAAUAAAGGACAGUCUCCACAACACACCGUCAGUUUUACGUUAUUUACAUCCUUCUCUCCUUGACCUCGGACCCGGCGGGCGGGCGUCGGCUCUGUGCUGACCCGGAACGCGGGAUUCCGCGGUGCUAACGGGACUGGUCAGGCUGCACCCAUGCUCCGCUCUGCGAGGAGACCCGACCCUCAGAGGGAGCACUUCAAGUUGGGAAUCAGUGCGAGAACUCGGAUUUGGAGGGGGUCCGGGAGGGGAGGCGUUGUGCCCAAGAAGUGUUCGCAGGCGUGUUGAACGGGGCGCGGCCCUCUCCACGGAGAGGCGCGGACCGGGCGGCCGGGGCCUGUGGUCCGUGGACAGGGCUGGUGUGCAUGCCGGCUCCGUGAGAUCUGGGGGAGGAGGAGCGGCCGUCUCUCUGCAAUAAAAUAUUUUUGUUCACUUGUAUUUAUUAAAUGGAAACAGAAUCUCCUGUUGUGCUUACUCUGUGGUGGAGUUUAAUUACUUUGUUAAAAAUAAAGUUAUAUAUUUUCCCCGUA